AUGGCUCAGCGGCUCGACUCAGCUGUCGACGGCGACGCCCUGGAAGCGUCGACGGCUUCGGCGGAGACGAAAAGGGAAACGAGCGGCGGGAAUGUUUCUUGCAACUGGGUCAAUCAUUCUCUCUCCCACCUGUACGCAUCUGUUUGGCGGCAACUUCGGCAAUUCAAAAGCCUCCAGGCCUUUUUGUUGGUUUCUCUCCGCAGGAAAUCCAAUUCGACCUACUCUUCCGAUCUGACCUCGGCUCCCAGCCAUUUAUUGGAUCUCGCCCUCCUCCAAGACUUUCUGUUUCGUUCACCACUUUUCUCUUUUUUUUCGAUUGUUUUGUUUUCUAUCUCAGUUUUUAUUCUUGUCGAAACUUUUUUGGGCAGUUUGAAGUUUGGUUGAGCUCAUUUUGUGGAUGUCGUGAAAUGACUUCCGCUCUUUUAAAAUUUUUAAGUCUGUAAUUGACCCUUGGAAGCAUUUUUCGAGGCCAGUGUUUGAUUCUUCUUUUUUUUUUGCUCCAUUUAAUUACCUUUCGAUCUUGUCAUGCCACUAAAAACCACCGAGAUGCUCAAAAAUCACAGAUAUCAAUGAUUAAGAGCACGGAUUUUGUCGUUUAAUAUUUUUUUGCGAUACACAAUUUCGUCGCUCAAAAACUGGAUAACUUUAUAAGAUUUUCCUUCACUUAUCUCCAUUGUUCUGAUUGUCGAUGUCGAAAGCCUUAAACGAUCCUUGUAUCUGGAUGUUGGAGACCGCCAGCUGAGCGUGAAGAACUGAAUGAUUAAUGAGAAAAAGAAGACGUUUUGCACGUCUUCAAGCCGCCGAGUGACCCCAAAAAAGGCGAGUUGCAAGAGAUUGUUGGCCCGAAAAACCUAUCAUCGGAAGCCUCCGCAUUCGCGCCGAUCACCCAGAGUUCCUAACCGAAUUACCCGGUCGUUUGUUAUCUGGCCGACGCCCACAUCCACAAUUCUCGCGGCUUUCAUUUAUUUUUCCAAGAGGAAAAAAAUUAGCUGUCGGAAGUGGUUGGUAUUUAUCUGAGCAUUUUCAAAGGCAUUUAUUGACAGACAAGGGGUGGAGAAUCUUAUCCUUCAUUACUCAGUUUAGCUCAGUUUAUCACUUCUCUUUUAAUAGGCUAUCCUAAUUAUUUGCUGCUCAAAAACGUUCGUUCGGCUUUUCAAAGGCUUUUUUUUUAGUUACUCGCUUCAAGACCAUUAAACUUUUUGACCUUUUUUUUGUUGUUAAAUAUGAUAAUUUUUCUUUAUAUGGUGUCGAAGGACCACUGUUUUUUUCAAAAAAAUUAUUAUUUAUAGACACCAAAUGACUAAAAAAAUUUAGCCAAGGUUUUUCAUAUUUUUAUUCUGCGCCUUUGUGAAUUAAUGAUUUUGUCAAUAUUUCGCCUCAAUAUAAAUCUGCUCGAAAAAAUUGAUUAUUUUCAAAAUGCGCGUUUGUGGACGUUCUUAUAGCUCCAUCAAUGUUUUACAGUCGAGCAAAACUUCCUUGACAGCCUGAAAAUAUCAUUUUUACUCCCUUUUUAACAAUGAAUUUCUGUGACUUUCUGCUCUAAUAUUCUAGAAAAUCUGUUUUUAGUGGGCUAUUGUAUAGAGUGAAAGGUUUUUGGCAGUCUUCUGGAAUUCGCGAAACCGCCACUUUAUAUCAUAUAAGCUCAAUCAAAAUCAAUUCAAAAUAUAUGAUAUUUGUUAGUCAGCAAAUUUUUGAUCCUCCGUGACGUUCAUGACAGAGAGCACACCUCAAUAAGAUAUUUUAUACCUUGAGAGCCUUUCUUAUAAUUCAAGAACGUUGAAAUAGUCUUUGAUAUGAGUUCUCUUUUGAGUGUUGCCUUCUUGACCUAAAAAUGGCUCUCAGAAUCGAAGUUCAACUGAUUCUUGGUUUUUUUUUCCUUUUCAUUUUUGUAGAUCCUAGGGAGAGAACGCUGAAAUCGCCAAGCAAAGUUUAUUAUUUUCCUUCUGAUACCUUACUCAAAUGAUGUAUAUUUUAUGAGAGCUUUUUCAACUUACGAUUUUCAAUUCUUACCGGUAGCUUAUUCAAUUUAUUCUCUAACUCCGUCAGAUUCAGCCAUCGAAUCAUUUUUUGACUCGAGGCUUCACUCUACUUUUUUUUUCAUGAUCUUUCCAAUCCUUGUGGAUCUUAUUUUUGUUUGCUCAUUCAGUUAUUGAAGUCUAGUCGUAAUCUUUGAAAUAAUUUCCUGCCGACACGAGAUCAUCCACACCUAAUCCGUCGCGGACUUCUGGAGGUCAUGGUGGAAAGUUUGCCCUUUAUUCUGCCCUCUGUGACAUUUAUCUGUAAAGCGCGGACGGUUUCCGAUCUUGUCGCAGUAAUUCAAGAACCGAUGUCACAAUUGGCUGUUUAUCCGUAGGAAAGUCGAGAACCACGGCCGAAAUUCCAAUCGUUUUCUCUUCUUUUCCGACGAAUCGGCUGUUCAACACCCGGCCGCUCUCCUAGUUCUAAUUCUCGCCUUCAACACCAAUCAAUUUUGCAUAUUUCGAUUGAUUGGAGUUUCCUUGGAUUCUCAGUUUGCCACUGCAAUAUUUCACAAGAUUAAAAACUUUCAAGGCUGCCGCUUAAUCUUCGUUGAAAUCGGCAAGGCUAUUGACCCGGUUGUGUCAUCCGAUUCCCAUAUGUUAUAAUUUCACCUUUUUCGUUAUUUCUUCUAUCUUGUUUGGAAUCGUUUUUUGAUCAUAAACUGUGCUUCUCUGAGUUUUUUUCCUAACCUAUUCUUAAGAGGAUUUUUACAUUGCUCACAAUUUUUCUGAGAGCUUACUAAAAUUUUUCUUUAUGUAGUAUGUAAAGAUCUUUUUAGGGAACCUAGCUAGCAGAAAAUUUUAGGAGAAAAAUCUCAAUGUUCUAGUUUUUGCACAUUUUCAGAUGAACUGAAUUGGAAAGAAGUUUCUCGAACCUGGAUUUUUUGCAUUUUGCGAUUUUAAGGAUGUUUAUUAAGUAGAUCAGAGUUACGAUGAAUUUCGAGUGACUGCGUGGAAUGAUUUUUCUUGCCAAAGAAAUUAUCCGUUUGAUUUUGUAAAGAAGGUGAAUCCAGACUAUCUUUCAACUUCUUAGAAGAUCUGCUCACUUUUUAAACUUUAUGCAAAAACCAUUCUUUCAUGAGUUUAAACUUGAUUGGAAAUAAUCCCCGUGCCCCAGCAGCCAACUGUGAACUCGACAGAUCGACGAGCCCCUUUGAAACGGAAAACGAACACAAAAAACCCGAGGCGCUUUUUGCAACUGUCGCCUGGAAAUUUUCGCGGCCGAUGGAACAUCCUCUUCCGUUUUCCAUUUCAAUCGGAUCGUGCUGAUCGUGUCUGUAUUCCUACCUCUAUUAUGAACCGAUCCAAGUUCUUCGCCGUCGGAUUUCUCAAGGGGUUCAAGCCGUUCCUUAGUGCCUCCUAACCUCUAUUUGAGGAUUUCUCUUUUCCCGAGAGAGAUAUCCUUUUGAAACAUUGAAAACACGCAGAAUAAUACUUUUUGAACAUGAAAGUUGGAUCAUGGUUAACAGCAAUCUUGAGCCCACAUUUUUUCAGUUUUUUUUUCAUUCUUAGCGAGUUGAAAAUAAGAGUGAAUAGUUAUUAUAGUUGAGAGAAAAUAAAUUAUAUCCUGCAUACAUUUUUCGAAACAUCAUCUUGAAGGAUGUCUACGUCUCAACAUUCUCUCAUUUUUUUUUUUGCGAUAGCUAGCUUUUUUGAGGUUUUUUGUAGAUUAAAAAAAAUUAUUUUAUGAACAAUUUGCUGGCCGAAAGUCAAUAAAAUAUUGAUUAUGGUCAGUAGAGAUGAAGCCCGGAUAGUUUGCGUUAGUUUUCUUCUAAUAACUAAACUUAGCUCAGUUUUUUUCCUUUUCAAACCAUUUACAAACCAGUUGCAGUCUCUUCAAUUCUACGGGUCAAAAGCUAAAAAUUCAAAAAUUGCCAUUCAAAAGUUGUAGAAUUUGGUAUUCGCUCUGCUUCUCUGACAUUGAUCUCUUAGAAAAACUGUAGUUCUCAUACAAAAGCAGAUGCCAUCUCUCGAAUCGAACUUUUUUGUGCGAAUCGCGGCAAACUGAAUAGCCUCGAAUGCAAAUGAUAACGACGUUCCCAGGUUGUCUGCCCAUUAAGCCUCAUCUCGCAACCUCGAAACGUUUCAGAUCUCCUGACGCCAAUUCAAGCCUGAACUUUUUCAUUUGAACCAGGGGAAAAUUUCAAACUUGGGAACAUUUGUGAAAACUGGUUUCUGGUCACAUUCUUCCGACAGGCGCGUCAAACCGCUAUUUCCGAUCAUGAAGAAAGCUCUUCACUAGUCGAAAAAACAAGCAAGCGAUUGUCUUGCAUUGAAAAUCCAUUGAAAGCAAUUAAUAACUCCGUUUAUUGCCUUUCCGAUGGAUUUCCAUGAACGAUGGGCCGAUAUCCUUAUUUGACAAGUGGAGACUGACCCUCUUCGUCUCUGGUCUCUACAGUUCCCUUUGCACUUUUUCCAAUAAAUCACUCAGACAUUCGAAGAAGAAACUAAAGUUAAUCGGAAAUCAGAAAAUAUCCCAAAGAAAAAAUGAGAUAAAGACAAAAAAAAUAUUUAGUUUAAGAAGGCUUGUAUAGCCUGUUUAAGAACGGUUGCUUUUAGCUUAAAAAAUUUACAGAGUUUUUGACAUGAGGUUUUUUUUAAUUGUGAACAAAUUUUUUGUAAGAAGUUAUUAAACCAGUUUUCUAGUCUGCUACCUUUUGAAUAAGAAUUCCUAGCCUCGUUUCUUUUUUGUCACAAACUCGGAAAAGCCCAGUGGAAACCGGCUUCGACUAACAAUCGACCGUUCUCGGUUGUUAUGAGGAGCCAUUAUCAUUGCGUAACCUAAUCGAAGCCCAUUUUCACAUGGAUUCUGCCUAAUUUCGCGUUCCAACUUCAACUGUCGGGAUCAGGAAUUGCGUCAUCAACGCCGCCAAAGGCUUCUGGUCGGUUCGGAUCCGCGGAACCUCGGGCUGGCACUCCGCCCACAUUCGCCACACUCGGUCUCCGAGUCACUCGACCGCCGGUCAAGCUUCAUCUCUGUCUUAUUUCCAUGUUUCAGUCAAAGUUCUCUGAUUGAAGUUUUUCUUAUUCAUCAGAACUUCUGAAAUCUCGAAGCUCCUGAAAGUAUCUAAAUAUUCACCAUACCCUGACGCUUAUUGUCUUUUUUUUGUUUUUUUCAUACUUCUUUUCUUGAUAUAAGAUUUUUUUUUGAAGCGUUUAUUUUGGCUUUUUUUGAUUUGAGCUUUCAAAAUAACUUCUCCUUUUUAUUCUUAUAUUUUUUUGGUUUGAAGAAUUUAUCUCGGAAUUUCUCGUAUUUCAAUUUUUAAAAUGGCUUUCUUUUCAAUUUCUGCUAGCAGUGCUUAUUUUAUUUUUUAAAAGUAUUUUUGUUUUUUGAAGGUUUGAGUUUGGCACUAACCCGACCAUUAAAAGAACUCACUUUUUGAUAUUUUCAAUUAUUGAGCCACCAAAAAAAUUUUCACUCGGGAUUUUUUCAGAUAUCUCAAGUUGAAAGAAAGUGAACCAAGAUCAAGUAGAUGCGUUUUUCCCGUCUGUUGUAUUAUUAUUAUUUGAAGCUUUUUCCUGACACUCAUUUUUUUUUCCUGAUCCUUUCUUCCUUUAAAGAGAACUGAGAAAUCAUUUUUUUUUUCUUUUCCAAACAGCCUCCGGACAUUACACAGACCAGCUUAAUUUGUCUGAUUCAACCUUUUGAUGCGGCUGAACGCGUCAAAUUGUGGACAGGGCUGAAUCAUCCCGAAAAGAAGACGUUUCACGGUGCUGACGAUCAAAUCAUCGACACAUUCAUUGGCUUUUCGGCUAACCCCGCCCGAAACAUACCAGGGGCAGGAAGAAGCGUUACAAGCGAACUGGAUAAGCGUGUCUGGUCCCGAAGACGUUGGUUAAAGCGCGGUCAGGGCAAAAGAUAUCUUCUGGAGCGUCUCUUCAUGUUGUUGAUUCUCUUAACAGGUCAUCAACCAAGCGUCUCGAGGCGAUCGCCCGAAAAAAAAACUCGCAUUUUCCCCUCGAAGCUUCUUUUUCUUUCAUCCAUGGACAUCUCGAUUUUUGAUGUUUUCGUCGAGGCUUUUCUUUUUGUUAAUGACUGGUUUGCAGCAAAUCACGACUCGUUUUUUUCCUCUACCAGUUCCAAGCUCCUUACUCACAAAUAAAGAACAAAAUUCCCGAAUUUCGGCAUUGUUUUUUUUGCUUGUCCUUUACGGCCCGGACUAUAUUUCAGCAGUGAUUUUGUUUUGAUUUGAGUUUCAAAUUUUUUUUCAACGUAGGAAGAGCUAUUUUGAUCUUGUUUUCUUCUGAAGAUAAUUCAGAUUUAAGCAAGCUUCCUUGAAUUUUCAAAUUGGAUUCAGGGGCUCAUUUUCCAAAUAUUCAGCUUCGGUAUACAAAACUAAGAAAAACCGCUCAUUAUUUGUUUUCUCUUUGAAAUUUGCGUCGUUGUUAGCAAUCCUAUUAAUUUUUUUAUUUUUUUGAAAUUUUUUUACCGUUUGCAGUGUUUCUUUUCGAAAAAAAUAUCUAUUUUUUUAUAUUUCAUAUAAGUUUUUCCAGAUGUGGCGGUUCGCCGCGCUACUGCUGCCAAUGGCAGCAGCUCUGACUUAUCGAUGCAGGAAUGAUCAGGUAUCAACAUUUAUUUCGAUUUCACAGACUUUUUCAGUUCUGAUACUAAGAUUUGAAAGUAAUUCGAUCUACUGUACUUCAACUAUUUUACCCUAAAUAUCGAUUUACAGGUGCUGGUUGUGCAAUCGUUCGGCAACGACACCAUCAGAAUGCAUUGUCAGAAGCUGGACCUCUGCGGUUAUCAGCAAUUGGUAGGUCCAUCCAGACCAAUAAAACAUGACGAAAGAAGAACGUCAUUCGUAUCUUUUUUCUCGACACGAGUUAACAUUUUUUUUUUCCUGUUUUACCUUCAAUGAUACGGCGUAUCACUAUUGUAAUAACUUGCGAACGCCAAGAAAAAAAAAAGUGAACGAUAAGGUUUUGAGAAAUGCGACUACGAUGAACUUCAACCUCAGUGCGGCGGUCAAAUGAACUUCGUUUCGCAUGUAAACCAGCGGACAGCCACAUCGCCGUCAGUUUUUUCUUCGGAACAGAGUAGAAAAAGCACUGAAAAAAGGAACAACACAAAAUGCAAUCUAUAUUAAUUUUCCAAUCAAGAAAGGGCUUAUGACAGACCCGAAAUCUUUUCGAAGCUUUAUUGUUUGUCUCUAGCUUGAUAUAUAAUUUUUCGAGCUCUUUUCUUGUUUUCAGCCUGAAUUUGUUUUAUGUACCAUUUUGGAAUCAAGGUGAUAGGGUAAACAGUAAGAUUAGACGGGAAAAGAGAAAUAAGCCUUGUUCUUUAAAUCUCUGUCACAAUAUUAAAAAUCUAUACUUUUAUAACCUUCAUAGCCACACUUGAAACAUUCUGGCUCUUCUGCGCUCUAUUUUCUCUAGUUUCAUUUUCAUCCGAGUACGCCAGCCGGAGAAUGAUUUUAUUUUCUUUCCAAUUGAGAUUCUUCGAUCCCCUUUUCAUCAAACUGUGAAAAAAGGCAAACUUCAGAGUGGAGCACACUUGCUGCAACCUCUACAAUCCUCGUCCGCCUCACGUCAUCCCAACUCACACGGGGAACGAUUGUUUCAUCUACGAGCUUCCCGACGGAUCGACCGAUGGAAAGGUCAGUGGCUUCUGAUGCGGAAAUGACGGAGAUCAGGAAGGACUGAGAAACGAAACAACUUUCAGGUGGUCGAAAAAAGUGCGGCAGAUGACGCCCCCUAUGCCGUCUUAAAGGUUUGUUGCGAUUGGUCUGACACCUGUUCGAGACAAUACAUAAACCAAAGAUUCUCUUCGCCAGUCACUUGUUUUUCCUUCCUACAGUCUGCUUUCCAAGUGUCUGAUAUUACUCCGUGUUGCCCUUGAGAGUACUGUAGUUUUUUUUUGACAAAAUCUCAAGCAUUUGUUUCUCCAAUGAGAUGAAAACUGUCAUUAUCAGAUAGCUUUCUGAGAAAUUGAUACUCGAAAUUUUGAAAAAGCUUCCCUCCUGCCCGGUUUCAAGAAAAGUUUUUCAGAGUCCAUCAGAGAUUCCGGAGCACAUCGACAACAUGUCGGGCUACCGCCUGCGGCUGUUCCUUCUCAAGAACAAGUCGCCGCCGACGCUUCUCGUCAAGGGAAUCGAGCGACGGCUGUACGUUCUUCUUUUUUUCCUCAGUCUUUUAUGGCCUUCUCGCGUGUUUUAUGCUUGAAUCGAAUGUCGCAUCCACGAAAUUCAUGCUAUAAAUUUCCUUGUCCAGUUCAAAAAUUCGAACAUGCACAGGUCUUACCGUCAAGAACUUGGAAAAAAAGCAGGCGCCGAUGGAAAACGAAAGGAGGACAAUAAGUAGGGUGAAACCCGAGAAAGUGAAGGAUGGCCGUUCACGAGAUCCAAAUCCUUUCGUUCUCUUGACAAGCGACUCCUACUAAUUAUCCUUGUUUUUCACCCAACUCUGAACCUCUUGCGGCGAUUCGAAAUAAAAAAGCUGUAAUUUACAGGGACGGAUAUCGAGUGACGAUAUGUCGACCUCGUUGCUCAUCUUAUGACGCCAUCGGACAAAAUACGGUGAGAAAGUAAGAAACAGAGAAUUUAUUCAAUUUUCUCGUUUCAGCAUAACGGCGAAGACGAAGGCGAGUGGAAGGCGAUCAGCUGGAGCAGCUGGACGAGCAGCUCUUGGAGCACCUGGGCUCGACACGCCUUCAACGGAGCCGCCGCGGCUUCUGGAGCUGGAGCAGCUGGUAGCGGAGCCGGAGAGCGAGUCCGCGUCAGAACUGGCAGUGCGGAGCAGCCAGCCGGCGGACAGAGGUCUGAGCACGCGAACAAGGACGACAAAGGUGAUAGAAAUUGUCAAGGAAUAUCUUAAAAGUUGCUUUUUCAGAUGGCCUCGGCAACAUAAAUGUUCGAAUCAACGUUGAUGGAAAGAACAACAAUUCUUUGAACGGAGGCGGCGAUGGAAAGACUUCAGCCACGGCAGAAGGUGGCGCCACGACUUCUGGAAGGAAUGGAGCCGGAGUCACCGCAGCCGAAACCAGCGGUCAUUCUGGAGCCAGUGCUGCUGCCAGCGCUAAUAAUGGCGGUCAAGGCAACAUAAACAUUCACAUCCACACUGCCGGCGAAGGUGAACGUGGAAAUGGGGCUUCCGGAGCUGCUGGAGCUGCUGGUGGAGCUACCGCACCAAUAGCCAUUGUAAGUUAGAACUUCUUUCCUUUUAUAAGUUUCUUUUCUAGGCCAAUGCUUCUGUUAAUAUCAACGGAGUGCAACCGAGCGGAAGUGGUGGAGCCGGAAUCCCAGGAACCGGUCCGAACUCGGACAAGUCUGGCAACAAACCAGUCGAUGCUGGGAAAGGAGAAAAUAAAGGCAGCGUUGAGGAAUCUGGAAAAACGCCGCUUGAUGGCAAUGGUGUCGGAGAGGAGUCGAACGCUCACUUAGGGAAGAAAGGAGGCUCCUGGACGGACGGCGACCUCAUCGACGAAGAGGACGGCGAAGAUGGAGAGAAAGGAAAAGGCAAAGGCAAAGGCGAUGAAGGUGGAAGUGAUGACGACGACGCCGACAUGUUGAAAGAAAAGAAGAAGCCUGAGGGAGGCAAGGGCAACGGCAUCGAAGUCAAUCCGGACGGAGAGGUCGAAGGAGAAGAGGCCAACGGAGCCGACGGUUUGGGCCGCGGAAAAGAAGCGAAAGGAGGCUCAGACAAGUCUGCAGGUGGCCAUCAAGGUAAAAAGUUUCCCGUGAAAAAUAGUUAAGUGAUUGUUUCAGGAGAAAAAGAUGGUGGCUCCAACAAGAACGAAAGCGCUGGAGGUAGCGGUGGCGCCGAAGAUAGAGAGCCAGGUCUUAAUGGAGUCGGACCGAGCGAGGGAGAAAAGCCUGGAGGGCUUGACGGCAACAACAGCGGACUGGGAGAAGCUGUAACUUCAGGAGCCGGUAAUGGUGUCGGCAAAGGAGAAGGAGCCAACGGCGGGGAUGUCAAAGAGAACGGCAAAAGGUUGUGUUAGAUUUAAAACAUUUUCUGAACCAUCCUUAUUUAUUUAGUGACCCUUCGACUUCUAGCGCCGGCGGAUCCGGUCUGCAGCCAGCUCCAGAGACUCAAGGAAGAAAAAUUGAAGAAGUAGAAGUUGCCACUAAGUCGAUCACCGAGAGGUUUUUCUGGUUAUUUCAAUUCUUUAAAGAUCUUCGUUUUUCAGUGGAAAGCUUCCUGGAGAUGAGGACGACGAUGGCGUCGACGUGAAAGACGUAGAAGUGAAGACGAAGCCGUUAGUUGGAGACGGAAAUCUAGCGCCCGGCUCGGAGGGGACUUCUGGAAUUGGUGGGGCAAACGGUGGAGAUCCAACUGGAUCCGACAAGCCCGCAAUCGACAAAACUGAAGAAAGUAAGUAUUUGCAUAAUAGACAAAUAACAAUUUGUUAAACAUAGUGAACGGUGAUAUAAAUGUCCAACUUUCAGCUUCUGGAGGCCUGCUUACGCAGGAAGGAAAACCGACUGGUGCGGAAAACACUGGAGACGGGAUUGCCGACAAGAAUGAAUUUGCCGAAGCAGGGCUGGCGGGAGGAGGACCUUCUGUCCCAGCUGAUGCAGUCGUUGAAGCUCCAGCUCCAGGCGGUGCGAACCCUGGAGGAACAGACGGAGGCGCAGCGACUGGUCCAGCUGCUGGCACAUCCAAUCAAGGCGCGACAGCUGCUGCAGGUCAACCGGGAGCUCAAGCAGGAGCUCAACCCGGAACUCAAGCGGGAACUCAAACUGGAGCUCAACCAGCAGCUCAAGCCACCAACGCUGCUGGAGAUGAUGAUGGAAGUGUCUCUGUGAGUGACACGGCUGUCAACCGUGCCAAUCGCCUAGUCGCGUGAGUUCUUUUUUUCAAGUUCUUUUUUAAGCUGGAAAUCUUUAUACUCGAAUUUAUUUUGAAUUUUCAGAAAUGACGAGGUCGGAACUCAACCACUGACCCAACAAGCCAGAGCUGCUGCUGCUCAACCGGCUGCCGCGGCCGCUGCAGACCCUGCUGCUGCUGCCGCAGAUCCUCCAAGGUCCAACUGCUUCGCCGCAGACACGCUGGUCAAGACGACGACCGGCGAGAAGAGAAUGGACGAGCUGAACGUUGGAGACUUCGUCCUGGUCCCAUCCGCAGGCAGUGUCCUCAAGUACGAAAGGGUCGAAACUUUCUACCAUCGCGAGCCUGAGACGCGUGCCGUCUUCGUCGUGCUCUUCACCGACUCUGGCCGCAGAAUCGCCUUAACCAAGAGACAUCUGAUUCCUUUCGCGGAGUGCGACCUCAUGAGAAGGUUCCAUUCCUAAAUAUAUCAUAUAAACAACCAAACAUUUGCAGCUACGCCAGUUCCGAAGAUGGCAUCGAAGUUGCGAUGAGAGAGGCUCGGUACGCGGAAAAGGCACAAAAAGGCGACUGUGUGCUGUCGGUGGAUCCCAGAACCGGCAAGGUCGCCGCUGACCGCAUCGUUAGAGUUAGUGCCACCUUCAAGCGCCUUCUCUAGUUACAUUCUGCAGAUCGGAAGACAGACUUCCACUGGAAUCUACUCUCCGAUGACUGUCGAAGGCUCUCUCGUGGCCGACGGCGUCCUCGCCUCUUGUUUCUCUCAUCUGGAAAGCCACACUCUUCAUAAGGUCUGUCUCUUAAGGGCCAAGAAAACUCCAACUGCCAUGUUUCAGGUCGUGUUCGACUUCAUGAUGGUCGUUUACAAUUUCUUCGGCUUGAUCUCAGGUGAUUCUUUUGAAAUCAACAUAAUUUUUGAACAAAACUUUUUUCAGAGCGACCAGUGAGUGUCCAGCCAAUUCCAAACUUUGUAACUUUCGUCCAACAGCUCUCAUCUCACGUUUUGCCGUUUUCUUAA